UUACUACAACUACUCAAUCAACUAAGGCGCUAGAAAUGUUGAGGGAAAAUAGAAAUAAGUUUGACCUCAUUAUUACUAACGUAAAUAUGCCACACAUGGAUGGAUUUAAGCUCCUUGAGAUAGUGGGACUUGAAAUGGACAUACCAGUCAUAGUAAUGUUGUCAGAAUACAGUGACAAAGAGCGAGUGAAGAAAGGUGUUAUACAUGGCGCAUGUGACUACUUAAUUAAACCUCCUCGAAUUGAAGUGCUGCAGAACAUAUGGCAACAUGUGGUGCGUAAAAAGAGGCCUCGUUUAAAUUGGAAUACUAAUUUGCAUACAAAAUUUCUUGUUGCAGUUAAUCAAUUGGGCGUUAAGGAAGCUGUUCCUAAGAAAAUACUUUACUUGAUGAAUGUUGAAGGUCUUACAAGAGAAAAUAUUGCAAGCCAUCUGCAGAAAUAUAGACUUGCCCUUAAGAAGGAAACUCAACAAGCUAGCACAAUUGUUGCAUUUGGUCGUAGUAAUCCUCACAUGCAGAUGAGUUCAAUAGAUACAUAUGGAGAUUUUAGCACAUCGUCUGUAUCAGGAAGAAUCUUAAACACUACACAACCUUUAAAUGCAUCGGGUGGAAAUUUCUGUAACCUGAACUGUCCAUCUGGCUUGAACUGGAGAGAAAUUAGUUCCUCUACGCUAAUCCAGCCUGUUCAGUCACAAAAUAUAAAUAGCUCCAUCAAAACACUUGGAAACAUCCAGUUGCCCAAGUUUUCUACAAAUCAAAGCUCAAGUUUAUCACAUGGCAUUCCGAAAUCAAAUGAGCUUAACCAAUUCAAGCAGUGCAACUAUACAACUAGUAUUAGGCAAUUUAAUCCAAUUAGUGGGUUAAGUGAAUUUAUGGUUUCAUCUGGAUUUCAUGACAACUCUUCUCCUUCUGGUGAGGUUUUAUACAAUGAUAAACAACCUCAUAAUAGCUUGAAUUUUUCCUCCUCCGCUUAUCAUACAGGCAACAAUCUAGUUGAUUUUUCUUCCACAAGUGAUGUUGCUAUUCCUUUGGAGAAUGCUAAAAGAAGGAAGCUGCAUUGCCAAUUGAAUGAGGACCCUAGUUCAUUGAGGCAUAGUUUAGACCAAAAUAAUACAGUUUGCAGCAAGAGAAUUAAUGCAUCAUUGGUUGUCCAAUCGAAUGAGGCUACUCCAUUAAUCACUCAUUCUACAGAAGUUGAGAAAUUCUAUUUUGAGGAAAGAAUAAUGUCAAAUGAUGCCUACAUUUCGCAGCGAACAAUGCCCCAAGAAGAACCUGUUGAGGAGGAUAUUUUUGGGUCCUUGGAUGAUAUAAAUAAUGAUAGGAUCUAA